GAUCUAUCACGAUCCAUCAUCUCUAUAUAUCACAGCCACUUGCCAAUCUCAAUUUUAUGAUCAUACGACACUUCUGAACUCCACUUCAUUGAUACAACCUCCUAAUCCCACAUUUUAUGACCCUCUAAUUGAUUCAUCCGCUUCGAAUAAGAAAACGCAACAAAAAUGGCACUGCAAUAUAAAAAAUAAACCUGAACAAAAAGCUCUGAUGACGAGAAAUUACAGCUGAACAAAACGGGUCGGCGGCAUUCGAGCUACUGGGUGGGGGCUUGCUUAUUGUUUUGCUCUGGAAGACACUCCGACGACAGACCGUUCUUGUCUAGAAACGCACAAAACGCCCCCUCUUUUGUACUCUUCCCCUCUUUCUCAGAUAGAAUGGCACAUUUGUAUCGAUUAUUUUAUUAACCUUUUUCACCUCGUCGUCGGCUUCUCUGGCCUCUAAUAACAACACUAUCCCUUUCAAUUGGAGUUCCCCACUAUUCCGAUCUAACUGUCUCACACCCCCAAACCCUCAAACCCUCGAAUGCCCGUCUGUUGUUUUGUCGGUUGUUAUUUCUCGUUUGAUCGAUAACACCUUUCCUACGUUGCCUGCUUGCCAAGUGCCAUUUUAUCAGUUUCCGUCCGCAUUUGGGUUCCACCGAACCUUGAACUGUCAAUUUCCGGUCUGACGUGAACUGUCUGUCGCGCGAUCGUUGCGAGUGUCAAUGCCGGCCGUCCGUUGAAGUUCAAGUGUAAAUUUCUCUGUCAUUAGUAGUGCUUUGAGUGCCGGUUUUGAGGACCAACAGGUGGCCAUCCGAUUCGCAUGACCUGUCAAUCAAGAAACGCUUGCUUUCUGCUUCUGUUUGCAGUUGGAGCCUUCAACGGGGAGUUCAACGGGGAUACCAAGAUGAACUACGGUCGGAAGACACCGUCGACCUACAGGUCGACGCCAUCGGUGUACUCGCACAUAACGAGCCGAUCGCAAUCGAAUCUGCAUUCACAGCGAUCGCGAUCGAUGAAAUCCAUCCGGAUACCGUGGUACCAGAAGCCACUGCUGCACAACAACAAGUACAUAGACAUCCAGCGGGGAGCGAUCAUCACCGGGACGUUCUCGAUCUUCGUCGCCAUUUUCACGAUCGUCACUGCCAUCUUCGACGUGUACUGCCUGGCGAUGGCCGCUCCCGGGUCCACACACUACGGAUACUACAUCAUCUCGUACGAGUUCGUCUACGUCGGAAACGUCCACGUGCGAAAUUCGUUGAUGAUCGCGGCGUUGUUUUCGCUACUUGGAGGCCUGGUCGUGCUGGUGACCAGUAUCAUGCUCGUGCACGCACUUCGUAAAGAACACGAAAACCGAGUCGUUCCGUGGCUGUGGUCGUUCGCCGUGUUCACGCUGUUCCGAUUCCUGGCACUGCUGCUGUUCUCGAUCGUGAACGAUCUGAUCUUCGCGUACAACGUAAUCAUCACCUUAAUCUGGAUACUGAUCGUGUUGGCGUCGGUCUACGGGUGGUUGCUGGUAUACUCGCUCUACCUGGAGCUUGCUGACCUGACCAAGCUGGAAGAUCUGGCCCAUCUGCGGAUGGGAACUAUGCAGUCGCUGAACGCUUCGGUGGCCCAUUCUCUGGCUGGAUCCCGUCCAACGACGCCGCAUAGCACGGUAUCGACCAUGCCAGUCGGCGGAGUAGUCUAAGAUCGUCCCCCCUGAAAUCCAGUCGGAGCCCGUCCGUCAAGGCCAGAAUCUCGAUGUUGAUGUCAACACAAGCAACAAACAAAUCGAAACAAUACAAAAUAACACAAAUCACUAGCGUACUAAGUGACGAACCCCUCGAUCAAUGGAUCAUCCGAGGGUAAAGGUUUUAGCAACUAAGGCCGUCCAUGUUUUAUUGAUACCAUAAUAAGAUUUUAGACUUACAGACUGCCGGAAAGGUUGUCGAUCGAAAUCGAACGAACUCUGUAUAGAUGUGCCUUUACUUCGUGUAGUAAUCGAAGCAACGUUCAAAGCCGUAUUACUUUUAAUCCAUUUCCCGAUCGUUUCUCGCCGACUGUGGCGUGUGAAAGACGGCACGGGAAAUCUGUUUUACUAGAUUUACACUUGCCUAGAAUUGUAAGAACGGAGAGUAAGCAGAAUAAAAAUCUUAAUGUGAAACAAAACAAAAAUCGA